UCUUCCUGUCCUCCUUCACACCUGACAUCUGGAAUUAUGGCGACCUCACAGACCGAGCAAACUCCCGCCAAUGGCACGCACAAAUACCGCAUAGUCACCUCACAGCCCGAGAAUCCGUUUGCUCGAUUGAUCCCCGAUCAGAAACUGGCCAUUGUACCGCAAGUCACCCUUGAAUCCGGAGUCGUUCUAUCCAAUGUCCCCGUGGCGUACAAGACAUACGGUACCCUCUCGCAGGAGGCGGAUAAUGCCAUGGUUAUCUGCCAUGCCCUCACGGGGAGCGCAGACGUAGGGGAUUGGUGGGGACCUCUUCUCGGAGGGCCCGGGAAAGCUUUCGACAUUUCGCGCUUCUUCGUCGUAUGCAUCAAUAGUCUGGGAAGCCCUUAUGGUAGCGCAAGCCCGGUGACUGCCAAAGAUGGCGACCCUUCACUUGGGUUAUACGGUCCAGAGUUUCCACUGACAACCGUUAGAGACGAUGUUAACAUCUUCAAGCUCAUUCUUGACAAUCUCGGUGUGCGUCAGAUAGCAGCAGUCGUUGGUGGUUCCAUGGGUGGCAUGCUUGUCCUGGAGUUUGCCUAUUUCGGGAAGGACUAUGUGAAGAGCAUCAUACCGAUUGCUACCUCAGCUCGAUAUAGUGCGUGGGGCAUCAGUUGGGGUGAGGCUCAACGUCAGAGCAUCUACAGCGACCCCAAGUACGAUGAUGGCUACUAUAAAUUCGAAGAUCCUCCUUCGACCGGGCUUGGAGCGGCUCGCAUGUCUGCUCUGUUGACAUACCGUAGUCGUGACUCAUUCGAAUCACGUUUUGGACGGAACACGCCCGACUUGUCGAGAAAACAAAACAUAAACAUACAGUCACGCUCGCCAACUUCCUCGACCGCAUGGGAUGAGCAUUGGGCUAUUCACAAUCACGGACACAAGAACGCGGGUUCGCCUAGGCCGUCGCGUACAAACAGUUCUACGGCAAUUGCAGGCACAGCGGCUGCUCAAGCAGAUUUGGAGUUCAAGGAUGCAUCUCAGCCCUCUACGCCCCCAGUUUUAUCAGGUGAAAGACCACUCGAGAGAGUCGGCACCAAUUCUUCGAACAAGUCUCGAGCUCCUCACUACUUCUCCGCGCAAUCCUAUCUUCGAUACCAGGGAGACAAGUUUAUCAAGCGAUUUGAUGCCAAUUGCUAUAUUGCUAUCACGCGAAAAUUAGACACCCACGAUCUAUCUCGAUAUAGAUAUCCCGAUGGAUUUGAUCCUGAGACAUUAGACCCUGUUGCAGCUCUUCAACACGCUUUGUCUUUGAUUGAGCAGCCCACACUUGUUCUUGGAAUCCAGUCAGACGGUUUGUUUACUUUUGCGGAGCAGCAAGAACUGGCCGCGCAUAUUCCAAAUGCUACUCUGAAAUCGAUAGAUUCACCUGAUGGCCAUGACGCCUUUUUGCUGGAGUUUGAGCAGGUCAACCGCCAUUUGCUGGGUUUCCUAAACGAAACUUUACCCCAGAUCAUGCAAGGGAACCCUGUCACGGACAUAAACAGCCUGCCAGAUUCCGGAAUGGCUGCUACCAAGACGAGUACAUUCGGAGAAGCUGAGGUUGAUGACAUUACGGCUUGGUGA